AUGGACAACAUCGACCCGGAUUUCGAAGGCCGUGUUCUGGUCGUGGCCAACCGUGUGCCCAUCUCUAUCAAGACCACUCCAGACGGCGAGUUCGAGUACAGCAUGUCUUCUGGUGGUCUGGUUUCGGGACUCAAGGGCUUGGCCAAGGCGAUUGACUUCAAGUGGUUCGGCUGGCCAGGCAUCGAUGUACACCGCAAUGACAAGGACAAAGUACGCCGCCAUCUGCAAGACAACUUUAACGCCGUCCCCAUCUUCCUGGCAGAAGAACUUGCCGACAUGCAUUACAACGGCUUCUCAAACUCGGUAUUGUGGCCGCUGUUGCAUCGCAUGCCCGACAGAGCUGGCUCGGAUGAGAGAUGGUCAAAAGCGUACCAGGAGGUCAACGAGAUCUUUGCCGACAACAUCGUCCCCUACGUGGAGGACAACGACAUCAUCUGGGUCCAUGAUUACCACCUCCUGCUUCUCCCAGGUAUUCUGCGUGAGCGACUGAGCAAGAAAAAGAAUCUCAAGAUCGGAUUUUUCUUGCACACUCCUUUCCCCACAGAGGACUAUUUUACCAUUCUACCAUUCCGAGAGCAGAUUUGCCGGAGUUUGCUCCUUUGUGACGUGGUGGGGUUCCACACGAAUCAGUACGCCAAGGACUUUCUGGAGAGCGCCCGCGUCGUCCUCGAGGGCGUGUCGAGAUCCCCGAGUGACCUCCACUGGAAUGGACGCAAGGUGAUCGUCCAUGGCUUCCCCCUUGGCAUCGAGGCAGACGAGUGGAAACAGAAGUUGGGUACGGAUGAGGUCAAGCAAGAAGUGGCGAAGUUGCGUGAUGAGUUUGAGGAGCAAAAGAUCAUUCUCGGAGUCGACAGACUGGACUAUAUCAAGGGCAUUCCCCAGAAACUCAAGGCCUUUGAUCGCUUUCUGACAGAGCACCCGGAGUGGGUGGGCAAGGUGGCCAUGGUCCAGUUGGCGAUUCCCACCCGAGGAGAUGUGGAUACGUAUCGAAAGCUGCGGGAGGAAGUGGAGCUUCUCGUUGGACGCAUCAAUGGCAAACACGCGACAUUCAAGCACACGCCGAUCCACUAUCUAUACCGAUCUGUGCCGCCGGACCAACUCUGCGCGCUCUACGCGGUUUCGGACGUGUGCAUCAUCUCCUCUGUCCGCGACGGCUUGAACCUGGUGAGCUACGAGUAUGCGGCAUGCCAGGAAGAACGCAAGGGAGUCCUGAUGAUGUCGACGUACGCAGGGGCAAUCAAGACUCUGCCCCCGUCAUCGAUGAUCCUCCUCAACCCCUGGGACACAACCCGCUUUGCCGAGAGAAUCAACCAAGCAGUAAACAUGGGCAUGGACGAGCGGGCGCGGAGGCACAAGGAAAUGAUGCAGGUUGUGGAUACCUGGACGAGUGUCAAAUGGGGCAAAGCUUUCCUCCAAACCAUGAUGACCAUGGAUAUCCCCCACGACGCCGAGAUGCCGGACCGCGACCCGCUGGUAGACUGGAACUCAGAGGUCCCAGAUGAGGAAACGGGCAAGAUUCAACCCUAG